UUAUGAUUCUCCUUUUGAAUUUAGCUAGAUUAAUUCACUAACAUAUCCAUAACCAUAAUAAUUUAACUAACGUGAAAUAAUCUAAAAUAAUAUGAUCCAAAAAAGGAACUAAACCAAAAGAAAGGAAGAAAGGGUCAAAGUUCAACAUAGCCAUUGCAUGCCCUGCGUUCGACGACAAUGGCUAAACAUCAUCCAGAUUUGAUAUUUUGUAGAAAACAAGCCGGUGUCGCUAUUGGAAGAUUGUGCGAAAAAUGCGAUGGAAAGUGUGUGAUCUGUGAUUCGUAUGUGAGGCCGUGCACUCUGGUGCGCAUCUGUGACGAAUGCAACUACGGGUCGUACCAGGGGCGCUGUGUCAUCUGCGGAGGUCCCGGGGUGUCUGAUGCUUACUACUGCAAGGAGUGCACCAUCCAGGAGAAAGAUCGAGACGGAUGCCCCAAGAUUGUGAACCUGGGCAGCUCAAAAACGGACCUGUUUUAUGAACGGAAGAAGUAUGGCUUCAAGAAGAGGUGAAGACAGGACAGUCCAACAUGCUUUGCUUCAGUUUUGUUUUUACUUUUCUUUUUGUAAACAUGUUUUGACAAUACAAUAAAGCUUUCUUUUAUAUUACUGCAA